AUGUCGUUCUGCCCGGAUCGGGUGGUGUCGCUGCUGCUCUCGGAGUUUGGCACCAACCACCAGGGAUGCUUCGAGGCCUCGCAGCACGAGCGCAUGAUUGCCGCCUCGUUUUCGCGGAUAUUGCGGUGUAAAAGUAUGGAAAUCGGGCAUCGGCGUAUUUCGGAUCCGGGCGACGAUCGGGUGCCGGCGAUGAAGAGGAUGCGGUUGCCGGACUACUCUUCCGGCGCCACGAACAUCACCUUCCAGCAGCACAAGAUCACCCGGGAGGAACGCGCCGAUAUUUUGGGUAAGCACACUGGCUUCCGCGGCUGCACUAUCUGGUUCACCGGGCUUUCCGGGGCUGGCAAGACCACCGUCGCUUUUGCCCUGGAAAAGGCGUUGACACAGCUCGGCCUACCAUGCUACGGUCUCGAUGGGGACAACGUGCGCCACGGACUCUGCAAGAACCUCGGAUUCUCGAUGAACGAUCGCUCAGAGAAUAUUCGACGUGUUGCAGAGGUAGCCAAGCUCAUGGCCGACGCCGGUAUGGUCUGUCUCGCCUCGUUCAUCUCCCCAUUCCGCUCCGACCGCGAGCAGGCCAGGAAAAUCCACGAGGCUGAGGGUCUCCGUUUCAUCGAAGUCUACGUCAACACGCCACUCGAAAUUUGCGAGGACCGCGACCCGAAAAAGCUGUACAAAAAGGCGCGCGCCGGCGAGCUGCCCGGCUUCACGGGGAUCGACUCGGCGUAUGAGCCGCCGGAGAGGCCAGAUUUGCUGGUCGAGUCCGGAAAGCUGUCCGAAGCCGAAUCAGCCCACUCCGUGCUUCGCUACCUCCACGAGGAGGGGAUUCUGCCGCAGAAGGCGAUGGACCAGUUGGUGACGGACCCAGUUCGGGAGCUGUUCGUUCAGCCAUCGGUUAGGGGGCAGCUUGAGGCUCAUGCUCAGACGCUGGCCAAGGUUGAGCUGCAGCAAAUUGAUGUCCAGUGGCUUCAGGUCCUCUCUGAAGGCUGGGCCACCCCUCUAGGCGGCUUCAUGCGUGAGCGACAGUACCUUCAGUCCCUCCACUUCGGCCAGCUCCUCGACCUCAAACACAAGUGCGCCUUCCCCGGCGACAACGACGAUGGCGCUCAGGACCCGUACCCGGUGCUGGAUUCCGUUAAUCAAUCCGUGCCUAUCGUGCUCCCGAUUACUGGGGAGCAAAAGGAGAUGAUUACGGCGAAGGACGGCACCAUCCUCAAGGAGGUCGCCCUCAUCUACAACGGAAAGGUGUUGGCCAUCCUCAAGGACGGCGAGGUGUUCGACCACCGUAAGGAGGAGCGCGUCUGCCGCCAAUUUGGAUGCGCUGACGCCCGCCACCCGACCAUCGACCUGAUCAAGAAGAGCGGCGACUUCUGCCUGGGCGGAGAUCUCCAGGUGCUUGAUCGCAUCCAGUACAGCGACGGACUGGACAACUACCGUAAGACGCCCAACGAGCUGCGUCGCGUGUUUGAUGACAAGGGCGCAGAUGCGGUGUUCGUCUUCCAGCUGCGCAACCCGAUCCACAAUGGGCACGCGUUGCUGAUGAGGGACACGAGAGAGAAGCUGCUGAAGAAGUACAAGAACCCAAUGCUCCUGCUCCACCCCCUCGGCGGCUGGACCAAGGACGACGAUGUCCCACUUCCAGUCCGAAUCGAGCAACACCGAGCCGUCAUCGAGGAAGGUGUGCUCGACCCCAGCUGGACCGAGCUGGCCAUCUUCCCCUCGCCGAUGAUGUACGCCGGGCCGACGGAGGUGCAAUGGCACGCGAGGGCAAGAAUUGCAGCUGGUGUACACACGUAUAUCGUCGGAAGAGAUCCGGCUGGGAUUCAGAAUCCGGAGAAUGGGGACUUCCUCUACCAUCCUGAGCAUGGGGCAAAGGUUCUCUCAAUGGCCCCCGGUCUCUCCCACCUCUCCAUCCUUCCAUUCCGUGUGGCCGCCUACGACAAGCCGGCCCAGCGGAUGUCGUUCUUCGACCCGAAGAGGAAGGAUGACUUUGAGUGGAUCUCCGGCACUAAGAUGCGCACGCUGGCCCGUACCGGCCAGACCCCUCCCGACGGCUUCAUGGCGCCGAAAGCGUGGAGCGUCCUGGCGAACUACUACAAGAAGCUCGCCCAGCAGAACGGGCAGAAA